CCUCUGUUGUUAUUUGCUAACUCUGAAACCCCAGGCUGCGGUGGAGAAGAAAGGUUGAAGCUGUGGUUGUCCGGGCAACCUGGGGCUGAGACACUUCAAGGCCACUCAAGGCGGCUUGCUGGGUGGUCCCGUCGACCUAACAGAUAGCCACCAACACGGCUUACUCCUCAGCUGGCCCGCCCUUCUGCCAGCCUCCCCACUGCCCUUGGGUCUGUUUCACCCACCUGGCCCCCUCCUGGAGAAGACUGCCCUGGAGACUGGCACACAGACUCCCACCUGAUCUGGCCGCCUGGUCCAGCCGCCCACAGAGCAGAGGAGUCCCCUCCAGGACACCGCUGCCAGGCAGCCUGACCCGCCGACCAACCCGGGGUCCGUAACCGAGGGCCAGGAGGCAGUCUGCAACGGCCUUGAGACUCGGGCGUGAGUGGAGGCUCGGACGAGGUACUUCGCUUCUCUCUGGGCCUUGACACCUACCUGUAACAGGUGGAUAACACUUCCUGUUCCCCAGUUCUGAUGAUGAGAUGAAACCAUUUCGAAAUAGCGCUCCGUGCACUGCCUGGCACCCAGUAAACGCUCAGGAUAUCGGGGAAACCAUAGCUUCUUCUCUUCGCUUCCCACAAUGCCCAGCACGGGGCUAAGCACAGCUGACAUUCAGCACGCACCCGUGGGAGCUGAACAGCAGGAACGUCCCGGAACAGUGAAGGGACGCACUGCUCUGACCUGGACAGGUGGCCUCCUCACACCCUCCCAGCUCUGCCUCUAAUUCUUUGUGACUUGAGCGUGCCCCCCCGUGCUCAGUCAUGACCGUCACCUACUCAAGCCAAGUGGCUAAUGCCCGCUUAGGCUCCUUCUCCCGCCUGCUCCUGUGCUGGCGCGGCAGCAUCUACAAGCUGAUCUAUGGCGAGUUCCUCAUCUUCUUGCUCAGCUACUACAUCAUCCGUUUCAUUUACAGGAUGGCCCUCACGGAGGAACAGCAGGUGAUGUUUGAGAAACUGACUCUGUAUUGCGACAGCUACAUCCAGCUCAUCCCCAUUUCCUUCGUGCUGGGCUUCUACGUGACGCUGGUCGUGACCCGCUGGUGGAACCAGUACGAGAACCUGCCAUGGCCCGAUCGCCUUAUGAACCUGGUGUCGGGCUUGGUGGAGGGCAAGGACGAGCAAGGCCGGCUGCUGCGGCGCACGCUCAUCCGCUACGCCAACCUGGGCAACGUACUGAUCCUGCGCAGCGUCAGCGCCGCAGUCUACAAGCGCUUUCCCAGUUCCCAGCAUCUGGUGAAAGCAGGCUUUAUGACCCCCGCGGAACGCAAACACUUAGAAAAGCUGAGCUUGCCGCACAACACGUUCUGGGUGCCCUGGGUGUGGUUUGCCAACCUGUCAAUGAAGGCGUGGAUCGGAGGUCGAAUCCGAGACCCUGUCCUGCUCCAGAGCCUGUUGAACGAGAUGAACGUCUUGCGUACUCAGUGUGGACUCCUGUUUGCCUAUGACUGGAUCAGUAUCCCACUGGUGUACACACAGGUGGUGACCGUGGCGGUUUACAGCUUCUUCCUGGCUUGCUUGAUCGGGCGGCAGUUUCUGAACCCGGCCAAGGCCUAUCCUGGCCACGAGCUGGACCUCGUUGUGCCCGUUUUCACGUUCCUGCAGUUCUUUUUCUAUGCUGGCUGGCUGAAGGUGGCAGAGCAGCUCAUCAACCCAUUUGGAGAGGAUGAUGAUGACUUUGAGACCAACUGGAUUGUCGACAGGAGCCUGCAGGUGUCCCUGUUGGCUGUGGACGAGAUGCACCAGGACCUGCCCCCAAUGGAGCGGGAUAUGUACUGGAAUGAUCCAGAACCACAACCCCCCUAUACAGCUGCUUCCGCCCAGUAUCGUCGACCCUCCUUUUUAGGCUCUACCUUCAACAUCAGUCUGCAUAAGGAAGACAUGGGGUUUCAGGCAAAUCCAGAAGAGGAGGAGGACCCUCAAACUGGCAUCAUUGGCCGCUUCCUAGGGCUACAGUCCCACGACCACCAUCCCCCCAGGACAAACUCAAAGACCAAACUACUGCGACCCAAGAAAGAAGGCCUUCUCCAAGAGGGCCAGCCCAAGAAACUCGGGAGUGCCAGACAGCACCCUAGGAACCAGGAAGGCGGCAAGCCUUGGAAGAUUGAGGAGGAGGAUGACGCUUUCGAGACUGCUGCACUAUACGGGAGGUCAGGCUACCACAGUGCCCCCCAGACGCCCCUCAGCCACACCCCUAUGGUCUUCCCACCUGGAAAGUCAGCACCCUCAGGCCUUCGCAGAGUCUCAGGCACAGACAGCGCUGUCAAAGACCAAAGCCUACAGCCUGUGACUCCUGACAGAGAGAACAGUUUUGAACUGCUCUCAGAUGGCGUCGGGUCCUCGACGGAGAACCCCCAAUUGGGUCACAUGAAGAAGAAAACCGUUGAGUUUAACCUGACCGACAUGUCGGAGACCUCGGAACAUCUCAGAGAAUCGCAUCUGGACCAGUCAAGCAACAUAGAGAUAAUACUCAGAAGUCACGGAGAUCCCUACUGGGCCUUGGAAGACAGGGAUGAAGCACACUCUUAGCCUGUUUCCCCGAAAGGGACACUUCACCGGCCUGGUCCUACCUGCAUGUACACCAGCGGGACACUGAUCCAGUCAUAGCCAUAUAGCUGUCCACACUGAAGCAUACGUUCGUAUGACAGCCUGAAUUAAAUGGUUAGCUUAAUGGGUAACAAAAUCAGUAGUUUCAGGACUACUACUUAAGCCUUUAAGUGCCUUUUGUACAUAAAAAUUGUGAAAGCUAGACCGAAUCACCGGAAACAUGUAAUUCAAAACAUCAAAUUCAGCAUCCGGAGUCCUUACGUCCUGUCUGAAUUCCACACCCCCAACCUUGACAUCUUUCCCAAACUAAAGAGUUUAGUAAAUACAAAUCCUCCUAGGCAUUUCAUUUGGUUACCGUGGUUGAACCGCAGCACUCACAGAUUUUGCGCAGAGGACCUAGAUCCAAUUCUAGCCCAUCUCAACUACUCAAAAGACAACAGCUGGGUACCAAAUUACUUUAUUUGAAGGAAUGGUACAAAUGAAAGAAGUUAAGUAGAUGUUUUGGUACAACUUCUAGAAAAGGGAAAGGUAACCCCAACACGCAUGCACUGCCUCGGUGACCAGGGAAGUCACCCGUGUGGCGAUGGGAAGACAGCCUAAGGCUUAGCUCUCAUUAUCACUGUUUCCCAAGGUGUGCUUGUCAAAGAGAUACUCUGCCAUGCCAGAUUCGGGAGCCCCCAUCUUGCGCAGGUUGGUUACGUGGUCACCCAGUUCUUUGAUGGACUUCACCUGCUCAUUCAGAUAAUGCGUCUCAAUGAAGUCACACAACUAGAAAACAGAAAUGGGGAAGAACGUCAUCGGUAAGCUUUGCCACGAGAGGCAAACGGUUCCCUCCAUGGGCUCCCCGGCUGUCAGUACUCACAUGGGGGUCGUUUUUGUCAGUGGCCAGUUUGUGCAGUUCCAGUAGUGACUGAUUCACACUCUUUUCCAAGUGUAACGCACACUCCAUCGCAUUCAGCCCGUUCUCCCAAUCGUCACGGUCUGGUUUCUGAACGAGAGGAGGUCAGGUCAACGCACCUGCAGCCUCUACCAGCCCACAAGUCGGCAAGCACCUCAAACGUGCGCUUCACAAGGGACAUCCAAGUUUCUCCUGCAACAGCUUCCAACCUAACACCCUCGCCCACUACUCUUUGCUGCCUUCAGCUUAGAUGGUUAAGCCUAAAAAAAGCACAAAAUCCCGAAGUCGCCUCGUUUUACCAGGGCAACUGCCAGCUUCCGAGUGAUUCCUGACCCCUGAGGACUGCUAGGUAGCCUACUUAGGAGGCACGGCCCCUCUAGGAUCUUUCGUUCACCUUGAUAUCCUGAAGGAAGAUUCGGCCACCUCGCUGGUUCUGCAGCUUCAUCAGCUUCUCAGCAUGUUCCCUCUCCUCAUGAGAUUGGUGAAGAAAAUAUUUGGCAAAGUUCUUCAAAGCCACAUCAUCACGGUCAAAA